CAAGAUCAGAUGACAAGUUAGAAUAUUGCUCAAAUAUAUUAGAUAGAUAGAUAGAUAGAUAGAUAGAUAGAUAGAUAUAUAGCAUGUUGCAAGGACCGUCAAGUCCCAAGUUUAACUCGAGUAACAAUACAGAAAAACUUCUUUUCAGACUUGCGCAUUCUACAACCAGUCCACUUCCGUGUUAUACACCUGCAACAAGUAGGCAGGGCUCUAAAGCUGGAUACACCUGUGCCACGGGUAUUUUACAGUACAUACAUCAGCGAAACCAGGCAAACCCUUCGUAUUUUAUUCUGCUAAAAGUAACCAAACCUAUUAGGCUAUUCUCUCUCGGUACCAUGAGUACGGAAUACAGACUUUGUGAACUGGCAACGGUGUCCUUGCAUGUCAAUGACCUGGAGACUGACUCUCAACUGGACGACCCUUCAAAACAUCAAGACCGAAUAGGAAAUGUAUGUGAAGGCGGUGCGCUGUUUUUACACACCAAUGGUAUAGUAAAUGGAGAAUCACCGACAAAACCUGUGCGCAAAUUUGAGAAAUCGGAGAACACUGUAGGCAGCGGUGCGGACUCCUUAUCAUCGACUUCAGGAGAAGCGAAACUGUGUCCAGUACAUGAACAAGAACUACAGUUCUACUGUGGUACAGAAGGAAGACUGACCUGCUCGACAUGUGUGUCGGAUGGAUCUUGUCAGGGUCACAAGGUGACAGAGCUGGUUACUCAGGCAACUGUAGUAAGGAAUCAGUUGGUGGAUGUCUGUGAAAAAAUGCAGCUGCAAGCCCUGCGGAUAGAACGAUUCAUUGACCGUACGCUUACAGCUAGAGAGAAAGCUGUACAGACAGAUGCAAACCGUGCAAGAGAACGUGUGUUGGCUCAGGUGAACGUGGUGCGUGAGGCUCUCGAGGAGGAGGAGCAGCGUCUCCUAGAGGUCAUACAGAGAGAGGAAGAGCGCGUGGAGCAGUGCCUCCUCACUCAGAGAGCACACUGGACUCACACUCUGGAGAAACUCACACACACACGCACCAGCCUGGUGCACACACUCACACACUCGACAGAUACCAUGAUUGUGAGCUCUAAUGAGGAAAUAAAUGACAGAAUAGAGGAUGCGGAGGGUGCUGGUGAACCUAGAGACACUGAGCAACUGACUUUGAACAGAGGCUGCAGUGACAGUAAACUCAUGGUGGGUUUAUGGGCCAGUGCGUUACUGCUAGGACCAUCUGCCCAUCGAUUAACUGCACUACGCUUUGAAGCUCAGACGGUCAGUCCUCUUCUCUCUCUCUCCAACGACCAGUGCACCUUAACUUUCCUGCCCAAACGUCAGCGUCAGUUACCCCCCUCUGACCCGGCGCGCUUCGACAGCUUGCCUAAUGCCCUCUGCUCCCCUCCCAUGUCCUCUGAUACUCACAGCUGGUUACUUGAUGUGGGCACGAGUGCUGCCUUCAAAGUGGGGGUAUGCUAUUCCAGCAUAGAACGCAAAGGGUCUGGCAAUGGCGCACGGCUCGGCUACAACACAAAAUCGUGGGUGCUCUCGUAUUAUGAUGGAGACUUGUCUUUCUGUCACGAUGGAUGUAAUGUGGGUAUCACAGUGGCUAAGAAGCUCAAAAGAGUGGGACUGCUUCUGGAUUGGCCCAGUCAGACCCUACUGUUCUAUGAUCCCGAAUCUACGUCUGUGCUGCAUGUAGUCAGACAUGCUUUUAGUGAGCCGCUGCUGGCCGCCUGUGCUGUGGCUGAUCAGAGUGUCUCUAUACUGCACUGAACACACAAUGAAUAUUAAUGAAGGCUCUGAAGAUCCCGAGGACUUGAACCAAUGAUCAUUUUUAAACAUGUUUUACAUUAUCUGUGCCAUUGAGGACCAAUAUAUGCAAAUGUAAGAGAAAGAGUGAUCAAAUCAAUCACAUUGUUUAGUUAUAUAGAAGCUAAUUUGCCAGUAGUCAGUAAUUCCUUGAUUUUUUAAACUUGCUUAAAAGAACUACAAGCAUAUGCCAAUGAUAUUUUUAUAUUUAUAAACUAUUUAAAUAAUUUUAUUCUCCAUCUUUUUUUAAGUAUUUCAUGUUUAUGUGUUAAAAGUAUUUCAAUUAUUGUUUGACUGAUUAUAUUUAUUGUCUGCACAUCAUAUGAAAUACUUUUAUCUUUUUAGCAUUAAUCUGUGACAGUACCCAACUGAUACUAAUAUGGCUGAUAUUGAUAUUCGGGGCAACUGACAUGUAAGAAGAUGUAAUGAAACUCUAAUUAUCAGAUUUCCACAUGGUUAUCUUUAAAUCUGUCAUUAUGGCAACAAUGUUCUGACCUUUGUGUGAUGUGAUGUAUUCAUGCAAUAAAUUGUGUACUG